GGAUGAGUUUCUAGACGACGUGAUCUCUCGGGAAACAGUUGGGUUUGCGAGAAUUCAGUCCGUUUUUGGUAAAAGAUUGAUGAAGUGAAGAAGUGGUGUGUGUUGCGUGUCUCGCGAGUUGGGUAUGUCGGCCAUGGCGGCCCAAGUGGUGCUGGGAGCAGGACUCGCAAACUGUCCUCAAUGCAGCAUUUGCGUGACCCGCGCGACCUCCUCUUUGUCGCACUCGAAUCCUUCUAAAUUGCAGCUACGCGCGUUCGGGACCAGGACGAAUGUGAGACUAGAAAAUGCGAGCUCCGUCGUCGUGAGUGCGAAGAAGGGGUGGUUCGACGACCCUUUCGACUAUGGCGCCGACGACGAGGAGGACACCAUGGGGGAAUUAAUGUCGCAGGGCCCUCAGGGAGCCGAGGAUCCCAGGCCUGCUAGGGAUCCCGACAGCGAGUCCGGGUACCUGGAUUUCCCUGCUGGGUUUAUGCCAGAAGUGGCUAGCCUGGGCAUAUUGAUUCGGAACGAUGUUCGACGCUGCUUGUGUAUGAUAUCUGGAGGCGUUUAUGAGAAUUUGCUCUUCUUUCCCGUCAUCCAGCUGCUGAAGAAUCGCUACCCGGGAGUGAGGAUUGACGUCAUGGCGACUCCCAGAGGCAAGCAGGCCUAUGAAAUGAACAAGAAUGUUCGGAAGGCGUGGGUACAUCCCGUGGACGACCAAUUUCUGAGGCCCGUGGACUUCACUGAGACCGUGGGCAAAAUCAAGGGUGAAUACUAUGACCUGCUGGUAUCCACAAAGCUGGCUGGCUUGGGUCAGUCUAUCUUCUUCUGGCUGGCUUCGGUACGCAAUAAAGUUAGCUAUACAUACCCCGAUGUAAAUGCCGCUGGGGCCGCCAAGUUUCUCGACAUUGCUAUCAAGGCACCACAGUUGGAGUUGGCAGAAAGUGGGUUCAACAUGUAUGCAGAAAUGAUCGAGGAGCUCAGCCAAAUGGGAAAGAAUGUACCUAAAACUGAGGUGCCUCCAUUGGAAGUUGGGAUCGGGAGUAAGGUGAAAGCAUACGUUGAAGCCAAGUAUAGAGAGGCGGGUGUGAGAGAGGGUGAGUUCCUGGUAUUCCACGGAAUUGAAUGCGAUUCAAGUGCAUCCAUGACAUCAAAGGGGGACAAGGACUGCCUCCUUCCCCUAUCCAUGUGGGCAGAGAUUGCUAAAUCUACCAGUGAUAAAGUGGUGUUCGUUAUUCCGAAUGAGAAAUGGAGGCGCAAAGUGAAGGAGAUUUGUGGGGAAAAUGCGCAUAUAGUCUUCAUUACCACUCCAGGCCAGCUGGGAGCCUUGAUAAACGCCUCCAAAGGCGUUGUGACCACAAAUACCGCUGCAUUACAGAUCGCUAUUGCGUUGAAGAAAUCUACAGUUGCACUCUUUGCAUCCCAAGAGAAGGCAAACUUGUUCAUUCCAGAUUACGCGAAGGACGCAUGUGCAAUGGUUGCGUCAAAGACUGGCAAGCUGUGUGGUCUUGACCUGAAAGCCGCAACAAUGGCUGUGUCAACUAUUGCUAAGGAAGCUUUAGUUGCUGCCUAAUGUGGAUGCUGUAGGUCAAUCGUGUAUGAUGUAUUUGUAACACAUGUCCUCGUGAAACGAGCCCAGAUCUGUAUUUCGUACUAAGAUCCGAAGAGGCAAUUUGAAGCUGUUUACGUGAAUCUCAUUACAACCAUCAAGUUCUAUAUCAAGGGCUUCGCUCUAUUCUUCAUCUGAA